AUGAUUUUCAAUGAUUUUCAGUUCAAUCCAGACCGCUACUUCAAUGGUAAUAAACUAGAGCAAAGGGUAGUUGCUUUCGGUUUGGGAAAGAGAUCGUGUCUGGGAGAAUCCCUUGCACAAGCGGAGCUCUAUCUGGUGAUUCCUCUUUUUUCUUAUUCGAUGAAAAAUUCGCUAUUCACGAAAAAAAGAUCCAGUGAAAUCAAAAAGCGGUCAGUACGCCUGCACCCAAAUUUUAUGAUCCGUGAUACCAAUAAGCAAAAAAGAUUGGAGUUCUGUAACAAGAUGCUGGACAGCAAUGAGGAUUUCAGUCAGUGCGUGUUCACGGACGAGACCACUAUUCAAUGGUUCGGCGUUCUAGUUCAAGAUAACGCCCCGUCCCACAAGAGUGCCUUCACGACCGAGCUCCUGCGAAUGUGGAAAGUCAGAACACUCGAUUGGCCACCCGAAUCGCCGGAUUUAAACCCUAUCGAGAAGAGGAACAUUCGAACGGUUGACGAGUUACGGAACGCGGCAUUAGCUUUCUGGAAGACCUUGACGCCGUCUAUCUGCGAAAAGUAUAGACCUUGCCAAUAUUUGAUGGCUACAGGAACGCAUGCGAUCGUGUACUUCAGUUCAUCCAGAACGGAUAUUGUGGAUGUUUCCUCGAUUCUGGGGAGCUUCGUAAUCAACCACACAGCAAAAAUUCGCUGGGGCAGGAAAAUUUACAAGGGGAAGGUGGGAAUUAUCUAUGGAUGUUGUGAGACUCUGAACCAAAUAACGAACUUCUUUGAGGUUCUCUAUGUCUCAUCGAAAGAUGAGUGCGAAGAAAGAAUAAACGACGUCACAGAAGAUGGGACACUUGUUGGAAGUUUCUUCAGUGUAGGCGAGAGCACGGUGUCGAUGCCACCCACAACUUCACAUGGAGAUGUUGCUCAUCCUGUACUACGGGAGGUCAAAAAUGUGCAGAGCUGCUUGAGCGAAAUACUCGAGCAAACCAUGCACAUGAAGAGGACCACUGGUGCCUCUAUACGUCAGCUAGAGCUGAGGAUGCAGGCCUCGUUUUCACAUUUGGAGCGAAAGAUGAACUCUGUCGAAGAGUCUCUCGAAGAGUUGAAGCGCAAAAGGAAGGCCGAUUCUGACGAAGAUGAACUAUACACCGAUGAUGCGUAUGAGCAGCGAUUGAACGUAGAACAAAGAAAGUGUUCUGCAAAAAAAGUUGAAUUCAUUAGAGAGGUUAUAUUCAAGUACUUCAAUGUUUCACACAGAUCGAGAAAGAGCGUUUGGCAAGAUGUCAAAAAUGCACUCAAUGGAAGAGUGCGCACUGCUCGUCAUCGCACCAUGACACACAUACACCACCUAUCACCCGACCGCCUAACUCUCAGAACGCCGUCGUACACGGAUGAUCAGCAGGAGAAUGUCUAUGAAAACGUGUUCGAAACGUGA